AUGGACCUCGUCCUUCUCUGCGUAUUCCUGCCUCUGGUGACCGUGGCAUGGGGCCAGUACGGUGACUAUUCCUAUGGCCCCUAUAACUAUGGAGACAAUGAUGAAUGGGUCAAUGUGUACCGCCAGGGCUUCAACUUCCAGUGCCCGCACGGGCAGGUGAUCGUGGCCGUCAGGAGUGUUUUCAGCAAGAAGGAAGGCGCCGACAGACUGUGGAACUACGCCUGCAUGCCAGCAGCCCAGAGCCUGGGUGAGCCGACAGAGUGCUGGUGGGAAGAGAUCAACAGGGCGGGAACUGAAUGGUAUCAAACUUGCUCAAACAAUGGGCUGGUGGCUGGUUUCCAGAGUCAGUAUUUUCCAUCUGUGCUUGAUCGUGAAUGGCAAUUUUACUGCUGCCGCUACAGCCGGAGAUGCCCGUAUUCGUGCUGGUUAACAACAGAAUACCCGGGACACUACGGAGAAGAUAUGGACAUGAUGAUGUACACUUAUGACCAUUAUAUCCGUGGAGCAACCACAACGUUCUCUGCUGUAGACAGGGAUCGUCAGUGGAAAUUCAUUGUCUGCAGGAUGACAGAGUAUGACUGCCCAUUUCAAAACGUCUAA